ACCCUAUAGGGCAGGGUAGAACUGCCCCAUAGGGUUUCUAAGGGGUGCCUGGAGGAUUUGAACUGCCAACCUUUUGGUUAACAGGCAUAGCUCUUAACCACUAGGGCACCAGGGUUUCCUUAGAGUGUGGUAAAUAGAUUUGACCUGUAGCCUUUUGGGAGAGAGUUUUCAUUCUAGACAUUUGAGGUCCUUUAUUAUACUAAGAGUGCAGAGCAUGUGCAUGCUCAUCUCUGCUCUUGUGUGUAUAUAUUGGUCCCAUGUGCAUAUAUAUGUAUGCCUCUUGCUAUCAGUAUUAGCUUUUCCUAAAUUAUUUCCAGGGAUGUGAACUUGUAUUCACAUACGUAGUUUUCCUUCAUUAGAACAUUCUUAAUACUUUUUUUUUUUUUUUUUUUUAAAGCUAGUGUCUCUCAUUUUCUUAAUUUAUAGCUAACAGGUAAAUGGUUCAUCUAAAUGAUUUGUUUUAUGUUUAUACUUCUUUACAAAACUCAUUUCGGUAGAUUUUAAGAUAACUGUAGGAAGUAUACCUUAAUUAACAAGAUCCUUUACUCACUGUAUAUCCAAUCAUAGGUAUAAGGUGGUGACUGUGGUCCUAAAUGUAUGUUUAGUGUAUCUAGUUCCAUUUGUUUCAUGUUAGAAACAGUGUUAAAUUAUUUUAUGACCACAAUUUGUAAAUAGUGUAUAGUUCUGUUAAAAAUGACUGUUUCAGUAGCUUUUUGUGUUUACAAAAUUCUUUCACAUAGAUUAUCUCAUUUAGUUCUCACAAUAACCUUGUAAAGUAGCUAGGCUGGCAGGUAUUAUAGUUCCCAUUUUACAGGUGAGGAAAAUGAAGUUAAAAGAGAUUAAGAGCGGUCACUAGGCUAGCAAAUGUUAACAGACCAUUCCAAAUCCUGUGAUUUUACCUUUAUCCCACAAAGCUUUUCCCCUCCCAUAUUUAGAAGGUAGAAGAAUAUUUAUUUACCUAGGAGGAAACUAGUUUCCCAUUAGUGUUUUAAUGUAAUUCUGAAGGUUUAAAGACAAAAAACCUUAAAAAAAUUUUUAUAACUACAGUUACACAAAGAAGACACCAUGUUUUAUUUUCCCUCUUAGUUUUGUGUGUAAAUUCAAAGAAAAAGCCAUUUUAGGAACCAUAUAAGAAGAUUGAAAGUUCUAUUUUCAAGGUAUAAUCUUGUGCCGGCAUGAAUUAAAAACUCAAAUAUAUAUAGUUUUUUCUUGAACAUAAGGCAAUUUGAUUAGCAGAGCCAGCAAUAGGUAAAGUUUUGAUUGUUAUAUAAAAUUUAUCAUAGUUUAUCUUCAUCUCUUAUAGAAUUUAUAAAGGUGAUGUACAUUGAUACUAUGUUGCUUGUAUCCCAAAAUGGUAAUAUCUACUGUUGGUUCAUUCCAAUGAAAGCAUUUUGGUCACAUAGCAGUAGUUACUUGCUUGCCUUUCUGUUCUUGAUUUUUUUAACUUCUUUCUGUAAAACAUUUAUAAAUGAAUUGCUCCUUAAAACAUAGUUAAAAUUACUGUGUAUAUAUAUAUAUAGGAAAAUAGAAAUACGGGAGAUAAAAUUAUUCACUUAAAGCAGAUUAAAAAUACUAAAUUAUCCCACGUAUUUCUCAUUGAAGCAAAGCAUAUAAGACCAAGAAAGCUUAUUAUAUUUUAUGAGCUCCUAAUUUUUAUGAUACUUUCUAAGGAAGAGAAAGAUGUGAACGAUAUGAAGACUUGAAAAAAGUGCCAUAUUUUUUCGCAAAUAAUGCACCCAUGUAAAUAAUGUGUGUGCAACACAUGUAUCUCACAUAGUGUGCUUAGGAAAAUAACACAAAGGGAUUGCACGGUUGGUAAAAAAAUAUAACAUGCGUGUUAUUUGCGUAAAAAUACGGUAAUUGCUUGGGUCGGGGUGGAUACUUGCUUUGGAUACUUUGAGAAAGGUUCUCAAGAAUCACAGUGUCAAGGGUAGGAAAAAGAAUCAUAGUGCAAACAGAUGCCUACUGUUAGAUAGAUGUAUAAUAAUACUUUACUUUGUGUAGGACCCUACAUCUGAGGAAUUUCAAGAACAUUACACAAUAACUCAUGGUUCCUUUCAAAAUGCUUGUGACACAAUUUGCAAGAAUUAUCCUCAUCUUAGGGGAUAAAUUUACGGAGAAAUGACAGCACAAGUUGAGCAGGUUGUUGCCCUGGAUGCCCAAAAUAUUGUAGCUGUUUCAUGUGGAGAAGCUCAUACGUUAGCGCUAAAUGACAAGGGCCAGGUGUAUGCUUGGGGUCUUGAUUCUGAUGGACAACUUGGCCUGCUAGGAUCAGAGGAAUGUAUCAGAGUACCCAGAAAUAUUAAAAGUUUGGCCGAUAUCCAAAUAGUACAGGUUGCUUGUGGUUACUAUCAUUCACUUGCACUCUCCAAAGCAAGUGAAGUCUUCUGUUGGGGACAGAAUAAAUACGGCCAGUUGGGUUUAGGCCUUGACUGUAAAAAGCAGGCUUCACCAAAACUGAUUAAGUCUUUGCUUGGAAUCCCUUUCAUGCAAGUUGCAGCAGGAGGAGCCCAUAGUUUUGUACUCACCCUUUCUGGAGCUAUCUUUGGAUGGGGACGCAACAAAUUUGGUCAGCUAGGUCUUAAUGAUGAAAACGAUAGGUAUGUUCCUAAUUUGCUAAAGUCACUAAGAUCUCAGAAAAUAGUUUAUAUUUGUUGUGGAGAAGAUCAUACUGCUGCUCUAACCAAGGAAGGCGGAGUGUUUACUUUUGGAGCUGGAGGUUAUGGGCAGUUGGGUCAUAACUCUACCAGUCAUGAAAUAAACCCAAGGAAAGUUUUUGAACUUAUGGGAAGCAUUGUUACUCAGAUUGCUUGUGGAAGGCAGCACACUUCUGCUUUUGUUCCUUCAUCAGGACGAAUUUAUUCUUUUGGACUUGGUGGUAAUGGGCAGCUAGGAACUGGUUCAACAAGCAACAGAAAAAGUCCUUUCACUGUAAAAGGAAAUUGGUUACCUUAUAAUGGGCAGUGUCCACCAGAUAUUGAUUAUGAAGACUAUUUCUGUGUAAAAAGAAUUUUCUCAGGUGGAGAUCAAAGCUUUUCACAUUACUCUAGUCCCCAGAACUGUGGCCCACCAGAUGACUUUAGAUGUCCUGAUCCUUCAAAGCAGAUCUGGACUGUAAAUGAAGCUCUAGUUCAGAAAUGGCUGAGCUACCCUUCUGGAAGAGUUCCUGUGGAGAUAGCCAAUGAGAUAGAUGGAACAUUUUCCUCCUCUGGUUGCCUAAAUGGAAGUUUUUUAGCUGUUAGCAAUGAUGAUCACUAUAGAACAGGCACCAGAUUUUCAGGGGUUGAUAUGACUGCUGCUAGGCUUUUAUUCCACAAACUUAUACAACCUGAUCAUCCUCAGAUAUCUCAGCAGGUGGCAGCUAGUUUGGAAAAGAAUCUUAUUCCUAAACUGACUAGCUCCUUACCUGAUGUUGAAGCACUGAGGUUUUAUCUUACUCUACCAGAAUGUCCCCUGAUGAGUGAUUCCAACAAUUUCACAACAAUAGCAAUUCCCUUUGGUACAGCUCUUGUGAACCUAGAAAAGGCACCACUGAAAGUACUUGAAAACUGGUGGUCAGUACUUGAGCCUCCACUAUUCCUCAAGAUAGUAGAACUUUUUAAGGAAGUUGUGGUACAUCUUUUGAAACUCUACAAGAUCGGCAUUCCCCCUUCUGAAAGAAGAAUUUUCAACAGUUUUCUUCAUACUGCAUUAAAAGUUUUAGAAAUAUUACAUAGGGUAAAUGAGAAAACAGGACAGAUUAUACAGUAUGAUAAAUUUUAUAUACAUGAAGUACAAGAAUUGAUAGACAUAAGGAAUGAUUAUAUGAACUGGAUCCAACAGCAGGCCUAUGGAAUGGAUGUCAACCAAGGAUUAACUGAGUUGGCAGAUAUUCCUGUUACAAUCUGCACAUAUCCAUUUGUAUUUGAUGCCCAAGCAAAAACUACUUUGUUACAAACAGAUGCAGUCUUACAGAUGCAGAUGGCUAUUGACCAGGCCCACAGACAGAAUGUCUCCUCUCUUUUUCUCCCAGUGAUUGAGUCUGUGAAUCCCUGCUUAAUUCUCGUGGUGCGUAGAGAAAAUAUUGUAGGAGAUGCAAUGGAAGUCCUUAGGAAAACAAAGAAUAUAGAUUACAAAAAGCCGCUCAAGGUUAUUUUUGUUGGAGAAGAUGCUGUUGAUGCAGGAGGAGUUCGCAAAGAAUUUUUCUUGCUCAUCAUGAGGGAAUUAUUGGAUCCUAAAUAUGGCAUGUUUAGGUAUUAUGAAGAUUCCAGGCUCAUUUGGUUUUCUGAUAAGACAUUUGAAGACAGUGAUCUGUUCCAUUUGAUUGGUGUUAUCUGUGGAUUAGCAAUUUACAACUUUACUAUUGUGGACCUCCAUUUUCCUUUGGCUUUAUAUAAGAAACUGCUGAAAAAGAGGCCAUCCCUGGAUGAUUUGAAAGAACUAGUGCCUGAUGUUGGGAGAAGCAUGCAGCAAUUACUGGAUUAUCCAGAAGAUGAUAUAGAGGAAACAUUUUGUCUUAAUUUUACGAUCACAGUUGAAAACUUCGGUGCAACAGAAGUGAAAGAGCUGGUUCUAAAUGGUGCAAACACAGCUGUUAACAAACAAAAUCGGCAGGAGUUUGUUGAUGCUUAUGUGGAUUACAUAUUCAACAAAUCAGUGGCUUCCUUAUUUGAUGCCUUUCAUGCGGGCUUCCAUAAAGUCUGUGGAGGAAAAGUCCUUCAGCUCUUCCAGCCUAAUGAGCUACAAGCAAUGGUGAUUGGAAAUACAAACUAUGAUUGGAAGGAACUGGAAAAGAAUACAGAAUACAAAGGAGAGUACUGGGCAGAACAUCCUACGAUAAAAAUUUUCUGGGACGUGUUUCAUGAAUUACCAUUGGAAAAGAAAAAACAAUUUCUGUUAUUCUUGACAGGUAGUGAUCGCAUUCCUAUUCUUGGUAUGAAGAGUCUAAAACUAGUCAUUCAGUCAACAGGAGGUGGUGAAGACUAUCUUCCAGUUUCCCAUACCUGUUUUAAUCUUCUGGAUCUUCCAAAGUAUACAGACAAAGAAACUCUACGAUCUAAACUGAUCCAAGCUAUUGAUCACAAUGAAGGCUUCAGUUUAAUAUAACUUUGGAAUUAUUAUAUCUGUUGAGUUUAGUGCAAGAGCAUUAAACUAUUUGUGUUAUUCUUGUGGUGAUGCAUUCAGCGAGGUGACAGAGGUACUGUUACAAUUCUUACUUGGAAAAUGUUCAUUGCUAUUCAUGAAAGCCAAAAAAAAAAGGAAAAUGAACAAACUCUGUCAAUAUCAAACUUACUGUACAGAACCAUGGAUUUUUUUUUUUUGCCAUCUUCCAAUAAAUAUACAAGUAUUGUGAAUACAUUAAAGUUUUACUAACAUGAAUUUUAAGAGUUUGCAUAUUUCAAAAAUGAUUGGUGUGUGAGUGCAUGGAAAUAUUGCUUAAUUUUUCUUCAAUCACUGGGUGAAAAGCCUUUAACUUUGGCCUGCAAUAGCCUUUUGAUUAUUUUUUCAUUUUGUAAAUAAUAUUAAGUUUUGUAAUAAAAUAGUUAUGUUCUGAUACCGGUAGUUUCUAUGGUUGUAAUUGAACUGAGCUGACUUUUAAAGUUUAAAAAUUAUGACCAUUAAAUAUCCAUUAACUAUUACUCUGAGAAUCUGUAAAGGCAAAAAAAAAAAAAAAAA